GAACUUCGUAUAUCUUCGGAAGCUUCUAUAGCGCCAUCUUGAAGGCGGGAGAACAUAGAGGUAUAUAAGAGACGUACGCACAUGUUUUUCGGUCAUUUUACCAGGUUAUCGGGGAGUAUAUUUUUCGGAACGCCGACGUUUAUUCUUCGAAUCAUAGUGGUGAUCCACGUUGGAAGAAGAACAUCUACGAUACACUAAUCAGUAUUUCCUAAGUUUGAAAGAUCGAAGGAAUACGUUUAAGAUAAUGGCUGACUAUAUAAUUAAUGACACGAUACCGGCAGACGUACCGUUGCCGGAAGAUGGACUUUCGCUGGCACAACUGUUUGCCAACGGCGAUGGACUUACAUAUAAUGAUUUCAUCAUUUUGCCAGGAUAUAUUGAUUUUACCGCAGACGAGGUAGAUUUAUUAUCACCGCUUACUAAGAAGAUUGUAUUGAAAGCUCCGUUGGUUUCCUCCCCAAUGGAUACUGUUACGGAAUCGGAUAUGGCAAUUGCCAUGGCUCUGUGUGGUGGAAUCGGUAUAAUACAUCAUAAUUGCACUCCUGAAUAUCAAGCCAACGAAGUCCAUAAGGUAAAAAAGUAUAAACACGGUUUCAUUAGAGAUCCAGUUGUACUUUCACCUCAGCAUACUGUUAAUGAUGUAUUAAAUGUAAAAAGUGAACAUGGGUUUUCUGGUAUUCCUAUCACUGAUAAUGGAAAAGUAGGUGGUAAACUUCUAGGCAUUGUUACUUCCAGAGAUAUUGAUUUCCUUGAAGAUUCGCUUAAUCAAAGAUAUACAAAAUUGGAAUCAAUAAUGACAAAAUUAGAUAAUCUGAUCACUGCACAAGCUGGUGUAACAUUGCCAGAAGCUAAUGUUAUUCUUGAGAAAUCAAAGAAAGGAAAACUUCCUAUAGUAAAUGAAAAAGGAGAACUUGUUUCAUUAAUGGCAAGAACUGAUUUAAAGAAAAAUCGCAGCUACCCAAGUGCUAGUAAAGAUGCAAAUAAGCAAUUAUUAGUAGGUGCUGCAAUUGGAACACGUAGUUCUGAUAAACAAAGAUUACAGCUUUUAACAGCUUCCGGUGUAGAUGUAGUUGUAUUAGACUCAUCUCAAGGAAAUUCAAUAUACCAAAUUGAAAUGAUAAAAUACAUUAAAUCGGAAUAUCCGGACUUGCAAGUUAUUGCAGGCAAUGUAGUAACUACUUUACAAGCUAAAAAUUUGAUAGAAGCAGGAGCUGAUGCAUUGCGCGUGGGUAUGGGAUCUGGAUCUAUUUGUAUUACUCAAGAAGUAAUGGCAGUAGGUAGACCGCAAGCUACCGCUGUCUAUAAAGUAGCAGAGUAUGCAAGGAGAUUUGGAAUACCCGUUAUAGCAGAUGGUGGUGUACAAUCUGUUGGCCACAUUAUCAAAGGUCUUAGUUUAGGUGCAUCGAGCGUUAUGAUGGGAUCAUUAUUAGCUGGAACUACAGAAGCACCCGGUGAAUAUUUCUUCAGUGAUGGAGUUCGUUUAAAGAAAUACAGAGGGAUGGGUUCUUUAGAAGCCAUGAAUAGGGCUGAUGCAAAGGGUUCAGCUAUGGAUAGAUAUUUUCACAAUGAAAUGGACAAAUUAAAAGUAGCUCAAGGUGUAAGUGGUUCAAUAGUGGACAAGGGAUCAGUUUUCAAAUUUGUUCCUUAUCUAUUAUGUGGUAUAAAACAUGGAUGUCAAGACAUUGGUGCAAAAUCAAUGUCUACUUUAAGAUCCAUGACGUAUAGUGGUGAAUUAAAAUUUGAGAGAAGAACGUCUUCUGCUCAGCAAGAGGGAAAUGUCCAUAGUCUGUUUUCCUAUGAAAAACGUCUAUUUUGAACAUGUAAUUCGUAAGAGAUAUGUAUACAACAAAAGUACCUGCAUUUAACUGCAUAUGACUACUAUGGGUAUUGAAAAUGCUGUUAUAUUUUAAUAUAUUAGGUCGUAAUAUAAAUAAGUUCGCUUAUAUUCUCUUAGCGUUUAUACUUAUUUAUCUUACGACCUAAUAGUUAUGGAUUUAUUCAUGCGUUUUACUAUAUUUUAUUAUUAAUAAAAAUACAAUUUUAUUAACGAUGAAUGAUGCAUAGCAAUAAGUUUGUGUUAAUAUUAUAAAUUAGGUAUAUUAUGUUGUAUUGUGACAAGGAAAAUUUUGAAAGAAUAUCUCUUCAUCUGAAAGCUUAAACCUUUCUAAGUUUUAAGAUGUUAAUAUGAACUCUGUUCUAUCGUUUUUCUCUCUCUCUCUCUCUCUCUCUCUCUCUCUCUCUCUCUCUCUCUCUCUCUCUCUCUCUCUCCAAUAGUAAUCUUGUUGGCAAUCUUUGUAUAUUUGAGUAAGUACAUUUAAGUACUGAUAGAAUGUACAAAGAAAUUCUAAAACGUUAUUGUUGAUUAUUUUAUUGGUUGACUAUUGUAAAUUGCUGAUAUGUAUUUAUUGGUAUUGAUAAAACACUGUAAUUAAGUAAAACGUUUAUAUUAUAUUGUUUAUAAAUAAUUUUUCAUAAAGCAGAGCAGUUACAUGUACUUUGUACAUUCAUUAUCAAGAAAAAUCUCUCAAAUUAAGUACGUUGAUAUUUUUUUUUUAACUAAAAAAGCUAAUAUUUUAGUUUUUACAUCAUUGUUUUUAUUUACAAAUUAUAGCAUCUGUAAAUAUAGCAUAAUUUCCUUUAGGAAAAACAUUAUGUAAACAUGUGAUUCUUUUAAUCUUUCUGUAGUAUUAGUUUUCUUUUAAUUUUUCUAAUUCAUAACUCUAAAGUAUGUGAACAAAAUUGUUUCAUACAAGAAAAUAUUGAAUUUUUAUUUUUACUUGAAAUAUUGCAUAUUUAGAAAUAUGAAUUUGAAAAUUAUUUAAUUAUACUUAAAUAUUAUAAAAUACAAAAUUGACUGAUUUUUGUGGAACAAAAAUAUAAUUGCUACAUCAAAAAGUAGUAAAUUAUAUUGAAAAAUAUAGUGGAAUAGUGAAGACUAAUUAUAAUUUGCCAAAAUUUUACAUUUAAUCAUGUAUUUUGAUGUAAUUUACAAAUUAUACAAAUACUUUUAUAGCUUGGAAUCUGGCUUAAAUCCUUCAAUAUUAAAAAUAAAAAUCUUAAAAUCCGGCUUUGUGUAACUAAAUUAGCCAAUCUCCUAAUUUGAAUUAUUUUAAAGAUCUAAAUUAAAUUUAUUUUAUGAUCUAUAUUUUAUACAAAUGUUGUUACUACAGAAAACUGUACAUUUAAAAUAAAUAUGUACUUAACGUUAUAAACCGUAAAUGUAUAAUGUUUGUAUGAACUUUUAAUCCUUGCUGAAGAGUUACAUAUAUAGAGUACAUAUUCUAGCAUUAUAUGUUAUUAGGAGAAAAGGAAACUUUAAACCAUUAUUAUUUAAUAUCUAGUGUUCAAUGAUAAAAAAAUUACCAUGCCGGAUAAUUAUGAUAAUUCUUUAUAAAAAAAAAAAAAGAAAAAGAAAAAAAAAAGCGUUUAAUAUAAUGUUUACUACACGGAUUACUAAGUUUUUUAGAACAGAACCGCAAUAUUCAUGUUAGUUAUAAGGCAUUAUGGGUCACGUAAUACACGAUAAGGUUGCUCAAGGUGAGACUUGUCGUUCACCAAUGUGUCUUAUUCGUAACGCUUAAAGAAGCAAUCUUCAUAUAAUAAAACUCAUGCUAUCCAAAA